AACAAACAUAACAAUAAGAAACAUAAAGUUUGGAGAGAAUUAAAAAAAAAAAACGUUUUUGUUACAUUGUUGCACUUUCGAAUCUCUAUUUUUAGUUAAUUUUGAUUAUUAUUUAAAAGAUCUUUAAACUGGUGACUCGAUCAACACUAUAGCAAGAUUUUUUUUUUUGAAUUUGGAUGCAGUACAGCUAAAAAUAUUAUAGUGACUGAGAUUUAGAUUAAACCUUUUAAGCAUUGUUUUGGGAGAUAAGAGUGAAGAAAUGGCUGGAGGAUUUGUGGGUGGAGGAGUAUCUGAAAGGGCUCAUCUUUAUGAGUAUAGAAUAACUGGAUAUUUCAUCUUUGCUUGCAUUGUUGCAGCUCUUGGAGGCUCUCUUUUUGGAUAUGAUCUUGGUGUUUCAGGUGGAGUGACAUCCAUGGAUGAUUUCUUGAAAGAGUUUUUCCCAAAAGUGUAUAGAAGGAAGCAAAUGCAUUUGAAAGAAACAGAUUAUUGUAAAUAUGAUAAUCAGAUUCUGACUCUGUUUACUUCGUCCUUGUACUUUGCUGGGCUUGUUUCUACUUUUGCUGCUUCCCAUGUUACCAGAAACAAAGGAAGAAGAGCUAGCAUCAUCGUUGGAUCCAUCAGUUUCUUCUUAGGAGCUGUCCUAAAUGCAGCUGCCAUUAACAUUGCCAUGUUGAUCAUAGGAAGAAUCUUCCUUGGAAUUGGCAUUGGAUUCGGCAAUCAAGCAGUUCCUUUGUACCUAUCAGAAAUGGCUCCUUCAAAAAUUCGAGGUGCAGUGAACCAACUAUUUCAGUUGACAACUUGCUUAGGAAUCCUAGUAGCAAACUUAAUAAACUAUGGAACUGAAAAGAUCCAUCCAUGGGGAUGGAGAUUGUCACUUGGUUUGGCUACAGUUCCAGCUAUUCUUAUGUUCAUUGGAGGAAUCUUUCUUCCUGAGACCCCAAAUAGUCUUGUGGAACAAGGCAAAUUAGAUGAAGCAAGAAGAGUACUUGAGAAAGUUAGAGGAACAACAAAAGUUGAUGCUGAGUUUGCUGAUUUGAUUGAUGCUAGCAAUGCAGCAAGAGCCAUAAAACACCCUUUUAGAAAUCUUCUCCAAAGGAAAAACCGACCCCAGUUGGUUAUCGGUGCACUCGGUAUCCCUGCAUUCCAACAGCUCACUGGGAUGAACUCUAUACUCUUUUACGCACCAGUUAUAUUCCAGAGCUUAGGAUUUGGCUCAGGGGCAUCUCUGUAUUCCUCUGUUAUCACAAGUGUAGCCCUUGUUCUUGCUACAUUUAUUUCAAUGGCUUUUGUUGACAAGUUUGGGAGAAGAGCUUUCUUCUUGGAAGCUGGUUCUGAAAUGAUAUGUUGCCUGAUUGCUUUGGCUAUAACUCUGGCUCUGAAAUUCGGACAAGGAGAGGUUCUUCCGAAGGGGAUUGGGAUUUUCCUAGUGAUUCUGAUAUUUAUAUUCGUUUUGUGUUAUGGAAGGUCAUGGGGGCCUUUAGGGUGGCUUGUGCCAAGUGAGCUUUUCCCAUUGGAAACAAGAUCAGCUGGACAAAGUGUGGUAGUGUGUGUGAACUUACUCUUCACAGCUCUUAUUGCACAAUGUUUCCUUGUUUCUCUUUGCCAUCUAAAAUAUGGGAUAUUUCUCCUCUUUGCUGGGUUGAUAUUCAUCAUGAGUAGCUUCAUCUAUUUCCUCUUGCCAGAAACAAAGCAAGUCCCAAUUGAAGAGAUAUAUCUUCUGUUUCAGAACCAUUGGUUUUGGAAAAAGUACGUUAAUGAUGAUGAUGAUGGAGUACUUGAUGAUAUGUCUCCUGCUGCACGUAAAUAAUUAACUAAUUAUUAGCCCAUGUUUAUGUUUAUUAUUUCUCUCAAGGACAUGGAUUUUUUCUCCUAUCUUUCUUAUUGUUACUAUGACUAAACAGUAAUUAUUCGUGGUAUAUAGCAGUCGUAGUAAUAAUGACCAACUCUAUUCUUUUUUUUUAU